GAGUUGUUUGGACGAGAAGCGGCUGAUUGCAGAGACACACCCAUAAGUACUGGUCGUGGGAGCGGCUUUAUCCCCAUGGAGAUUGAGGCAGUUGUGGAUUCAAGUAUGUUGCUUAAGAUACAAGUGAAAAAGGAGAAUCUUAACAACUAUAGCUCUAUUUUUAGUGUUAUGAGGUUUACCAAGGAUGUUGCACUAAUUGAGAAAUUCGUCGGGAAACAUGGUGACGACAAGGUUGGUUCCUCCGAUAAUGAAAUGUCAACUCCUGUGAAGUUUAAGGACACGGAGAACAACAGAAAUGAUGCUCAUGGUGCGAAAAAGGAAUUGCUCGGGGAGUUUUCAUCUAGCGCUUCAUCUAAGAAAGUGAAAGUUGUGGUCAAAAAUGAGAAGGAAGCUUAAUGAUGUACUCCGUACUAUUUGUGAAAUAAUUGUUUGGGGACUUUACGACAUUUUUGCCUAUUUUAAUUUCUAACGUGUGAUGAACAUUUCAGUUCUGCUUAUUUUGGAUAUUAUGUGGUGACAUUGUAGUUUUGCCAGAAGAUAAUGGUAUUUUGUUUGAUUUAUGUUUUUUUGAAAUGAUAUACUUCAUAU